AUGGCAUAUGAAGUGGGUCAUGAUUACGAUUAUUUAUUUAAGAUUAUACUAAUUGGAGAUUCGGACGUCGGAAAAUUGAACAUUCUUUCGAGAUUUAAGAGAAAUGAGUUUUGCUUGGAAUCCAAGUCUACUAUUGUCGUUGAAUUUGCAACAAAGACCCUUAAGGUAGAAGGGAAGACGGUUAAAGUGCAGAUAUGGGACACAGCCGGUCAGGAGCGGUAUCGAGCGAUCACGAGCGCUUACUGUAGAGGAGUGGUCGGGGCGCUUCUCGUCUACGACAUAACCAAAAGGCAAACGUUCGACAACACCGUGCGAUGGCUCAAGGAACUCCGGGACCAUGCGGGCAUGAACAUCGUCGUGAUCAUGAUGAUGGGAAACAAAUCGGAUCUCAACCACCUCCCAGCGGUGUCGAAGGAAGACGCCGAGAGCUUGGCCGAGAAGGAAGGACUAUUGUUCCUCGAGACAUCGGCGCUUGGAGCUAUCAACAUAGAGAAAGCUUUCCAGAAGAUAUUGAUGGACAUUUAUCAAAUAUUGAGCAGAAAAGCACUCAACUAUUUUGAUAAUUACUCAACUAUUCCAACACCUGCCAACUGCUGGACAUUUCCUUCGGCCAACUACCUAAAAGAAAACGAUCCGGCUGAGGCAAGUAGAAAAGGGUCGUUGCAAGUAACCUCUGAUGAUGGUAUUGUUGAUGAAAGCAUGCGGCCGAGGUGGAGGGUAUAG